CUAGGUCCUAUCCCUGGGAGCAGUGCAAUGCCCAGACCCACCCCUCACUCUGUGCCCCAUUCAUCACUGAAGACUUUGACCUUGCGCUCUAGUUCUAGCUGGUAGGCAGAGGGCUGAAGUCAGCACACCCCAGAAUCAGGAGCGUCCCUGCAGGAAACAGGAUCCUGGGCCCCCAGCCUUCUUUCUCCAGACAUCUGGCACAUAGGGUCAGCGUGAUGCGUGUGGUAGUGAUUGGAGCAGGAGUCAUCGGACUGUCCACUGCCCUCUGUAUUCAUGAGCAUUACCACGAUGUGCGGCCACUGCAAAUAAAGGUCUACGCCGACCGCUUCACCCCAUUCACCACCACUGAUGUGGCUGCUGGUCUCUGGCAGCCCUAUCUUUCAGACCCCAGCAACCCACAGGAGGCGGAAUGGAACCAGCAGACCUUUGACUAUCUCCUCAGCCACAUCCAUUCUCCUAAUUCUGAAAAGAUGGGCUUGGCCCUAAUCUCAGGCUACAAUCUCUUCCAUCAUGUUGUUCCGGACCCUUUCUGGAAAGACACAGUUUUGGGAUUCCGGAAGCUGACCCCCAGAGAGCUGGACAUGUUCCCCGGUUAUGGCUAUGGCUGGUUCAACACAAGCCUGACUCUAGAGGGAAAGAGCUAUCUGAAGUGGCUGACUGAAAGGUUAGCUGAGAGGGGAGUGGAGCUCUUCCAGCGGAAGGUGGAAUCUUUAGAGGAGGUGGCAAGAGGAGGUGCUGAUGUGAUCAUUAACUGCACUGGGGUAUGGGCUGGGACACUACAGCCAGAUGCCCUGCUGCAGCCAGGCCGGGGCCAGAUCAUUCAGGUGGAGGCCCCGUGGAUGAAGCACUUUAUCAUCACCCAUGACCCAGAACUUGGCAUCUACAAGUCCCCGUACAUCAUCCCAGGAGUCAAGGCGGUUACUCUUGGCGGCAUCUUCCAGCUGGGGAACUGGAGUGAAGUGAACAGUGUUCACGACCACACCACCAUUUGGAAGGGCUGCUGCAAACUGGAGCCCAACCUGAAGAAUGCAAGGAUUGUUGGUGAAUGUACGGGCUUCCGGCCAGUCCGUCCUCAGAUCCGACUAGAAAGAGAACGGCUUCAUGCUGGAUCUUCAAGCACAGAGGUUAUCCAUAACUAUGGUCAUGGAGGUUACGGGCUCACCAUUCACUGGGGUUGUGCCCUGGAGGCAGCCAAGCUCUUUGGGAAAAUUCUAGAAGAGAAGAAGUUGUCCAGGAUGCCUCCAUCCCACCUCUAAGGACUCUAAUGACCACCACCUGCCCCAUAAGGACCCCCCUAAUUCCCUCAGCCAAUUAAUUGAUGCACUCCUUGAUGAGCCUUCACUUGCUCCCAUCAUUCCUGGCUUCCUUUCUCAAAGAUGUGAGGUGAGGAGAUCAUGAUGCUGUGCCCAUCCCUGCCUGGUUCUCUCCAUGUAUUCCGUCUGGCAAAACAUCUGCCGUGAUGAUGUCGACUAGUCCUAAACCAGGCUGGGUGAGAAAGCCAAGACCUAAACUGUAGUUCUAUCCUAACAUCAAUGAUUACUACUAAAGCUAAGGCUGGUUGCCCCUGAACUGGGUACCAGGAUCUGUGCUCAAUGCUCAAGGAAAGCUGGGGAACCUUUUACUUAGAACUUUGAUAAGUGCCAUGGAACAUAUUUGGGGGAAACACCAUAGCAGAUUGUGUUCUACGAAGUUAUGUGUAGACUCAGGUGAGGAGGGGGGCAGAAGAGCUGGAGCACUGAAUUAGCAGCAUAUGACAGCUGCCCCACAUUCGGGACUCCAAAGGGUAUCACUUGUCAGCUGAGUGGCCUUGUGAGGGCCAUGUGGAAUCAUUAGGGGAAUUGGUCCCAUGAAUACAGGCGUUAGGAGGUAACAGGGUGCAGGCUGGGGCCCCUUGGAUGCCAACCACAAGGCUCCACCCAACUCUGAAGUCUUCAGGACCAGAGAAACAGGUCUGAGGUAGACGGUCUGAAAACCUGAGUGUGAUGAGGGAACACUGGUGUCAUUCCUGGAGUUCUGUCCAAUGGCCAGAGAAGAGGGUUCUAGAACAAAAAGGGCAGAGAGCAUGAUUAUUUCCUCCUCCCCCUCCUCCUCCGCCCCCCUCUCCCCCCCUCCCCCCUCCCUCUUUUU